AUGAGCUCCCAAUACACAGCCAUAGAGUCUGAUGUGCCUCAAGCACAGCCGGCGGGCGCUACAGGACCCAUGGACAAUCAGAUGGGUGGUGAACCGAAUUCUGGCCAAAUAAAUAGUGAUCCUAGCUCAUGGACAUGGAUACAAAGACUCAAACAACUGUCUCAUCCCGUGGCAUUGCUCUUCUAUAUAGGAUUCAGAAUACUCCCUAUAGAGAUCUACAUCUUUGGGAACUUCUUUAUUGGGUUCAUUACCAAGAAAAAUCGGUUCAUAUUGCAUUUCAUCGUCCUUGUCCUUUUGAUAUCGGGCGAUUUCUGGAACUUGAAAAAUGUUGCUGGUCGCUUGUUGGUAGGCUUGAGGUGGUGGAACGAAGUCAAUUUCAUUGAACUGUCGUCGACGGGCGAAUUUGAAAACGUGUGGGUGUUUGAGUCGGCAGACCCUUCUCGGUACAUUAAUCCAAUCGACUCAAAAGUGUUUUGGACCCUCUUGUAUGGCCAGCCUGUAGCGUGGAUUGUCUUGGGUAUUUUGGCGGUGUUAAAAUUCGAAUUUUUGUAUCUCAUUUUGAUUUUGAUUGCAAUCUUCUUGUCGUUCACAAACGCUUUAGCAUUCACGAAAUGCGACAAGUUCGGUAAGGCAAACAACUUGGCUACAGGUUUCCUCUCCAGAGCAUCUGGAACCAUAUUAUCCCGGCUCAAUCCUUUUGCUAGUCGCUAG